AUGGAUGAGGUUCAUGUUCGGGAAGAGCCCCACCGCCAAGAGUCAGACCAGCCAACAGUUCCCGACACCCCGCCUCAGCAGAAGCCCGUGGACUCAGAGUCACCCAAGCUGGAGACAACGAAGGAUCCUCCUUCGGCCGCAGAAGCCACCCAAGGCAGCUCAGAUGAUGUUGAAGAAGAGGCCGCUCAGAAGGUGGAGGCGGUUCCCGCGGAGCCUGAGGAGGUGGCCCCUGAACUCCCUGAACCUGAGCCAGCUGCAUCCACUGGACCAGCUGAAUCUGCCCAGCCUGCCGAGGCUGCGAAGGCUGAGCCUGAGCCAAAACCGGCUGAGCCCGAGCCCAAAACGGCUGAGCCUGAGCCCAAAACGGCUGAAGCUGAACCCACUCCAGAGAAGCCACAGAUAGACCAUGAAGCCGUCAGGGCGGCGGCUGAGAAGGGUGCAGAGAUUCUGAGUGGCCUGACCAAGUUCUUGGAGUACGAAGUGCGCGAGGCGGUGGAGGUUCACGAAUGCCCGGAUUCCAGGUCCCCAAGCCUUGGCAGCUUGGCACCUGGGCAAGUUGUCCACGGAUAUCCAGGCUCUGGUUGGUUGAGGUUGAAGCCUAGCGGAAGUGUGCGUGGUUGGGUACACAUCGGGCGCAGCCUGGCUGUACAAUGUUUGCAUCCUCAUAUACGGACACGUUACCUUGAGGGCGUAGAGGUGGCAUGGCCGGGCUUCAAGGGACUCCUGAAGCCGGACGUGAAGGUGGUCUACAUCGUUGAGUGGCGGUGCAAGAAAUCUGGAGCUGCGGGGCACGCUGUCUGCCAUAAGCCGCAUGAGGUGGUGUCCAACAUGCCUCCAGGAAAGGCCUUCGAGCUGCAUGUUGCAGUGCGGAUACGAGGGCCAGCAUCACCAGCUGUAGACGCAGCACCUGAAGUAAGGUUUGCUGGCCUUUGGAUUGAGUCACAUACCUUACAACUCAAGCAGGGGGACGAGGUGGAAGAGGCAGAAUCCUGCAUGGAUCCCUUUGGCACAGCUCGUGGAGGCUGCCUGAACUGUCAGUGCUAUGGCUUCCUAUGGCGUCCUGGCUUGGAGCAGGAGGAAGAGGACCCCGAUGCUGCACAGCGGCUUGGCCUCAAUGCCGAUCCGGAAAGCAUCAAGUGCAUGAGAUGCGGCGACCCCUUCGACUCGCAUGCCAGGGCUGGAACGCCAGCAGCCGCCAGGCUGUUGGAGAGUAGGCCCCUCCGCAAGUACCUAGUAACCCACCCGCGUGUUUUCGUACGCAGUCGGCGUAGCACCUCGGGAGAUCCGCUUGGGGCCUUGCGUCGUGGCACAGAAGUUUCGGGCUGCCUGGAGGGCAACUGGUUGCACCUCAGCCAGGAGUCAGCGCGGAUUUUGAAUGCGCUGCCACGCGGCGCGAACCCCAAGGCCAAGUACGUGGAUGCGUGGGUCCUGAUCGAUGGGGCUUCCGUGGGCUUCCAGACGGAUCUGCUCGUGCCUGAAGAGCUGGCCCCACCAGAUCUUCGGGAACAGAUCCAGCAAGAGGAGGAGGAGCGGCGGCGCAAGGCUGAGGCCGCGAAGCAGGCUGCGCCCCGGAAUGCGCAGAACCGGAAGAAGGACGCCAGAGACCCCAAAGCCGCCAAGGAGCCGGUGGAGGUGGAUAGCGAGGACGAGGUUGGUGCAGUACGCAUGGACCCGCUGCCUGGCUUGAUCGAAGCCCUGUACACAAAGCCUAUUGACUACCUGGUCCUGAAGCCUCAGCUUCCUAUACAUCGAAGGCCUUCCACCAGCUCACGAAACUUGGGGCAGCUGAAGAGAGGCCAGAUUGUCUCAGGGUGGCCUCAAGGAUCCUGGGUGCUCUUAUGCAACCAAGGAGACAAGCCCACAACAUCCAAGGCGGGCUGGGUGCUGUUGGAUGCUGGCAGCCUGGGCUUCGGUCGGCAGCUGCAAGCGCAAACGCCUGUCCCCAAAGACAUUCAGGCUGUUUCCGAGUCCGCAGUCCUUGAAUGGCCAAAGUUCCCGGCAAGGACGGUUGAGUAUCAAGUGGAUUGGGCAGAGUCAGAGAAGGACGACCCAAUUGUGGCUGUACAAAGAGAAACCAUGUCCAUGGCUCGGGUUCACGAGCUGCCACCAGAUACCAAAGUCAACUUUCGCAUCACUGCACGUGUCUAUACAGCGCCGCUGGAGAAUGGCGGUGAGGUUUUUGCAGAGGUGGUAGGGCCUUGGGAGGAGGCUGAGACUGGGGCGGCGAUCGAAGAGAUGGAAGAGGGCAAUUUGUGCGUUGACCCGCUUGCAAACUUGCGCGGGCGAUGCAUGGACUGCAGUUGCCGCGGUUUUGUGUUAGCCGAAUACGGCGAACGCCCGCGCACUGGCGACACCCUUGAGGAGGUUGUGUGCCGCCGCUGCAGCUGCUCCUGCGUCCGCCAUUUCAUCCUGGGAGAGUUUCACUACCGGAAUCCUCACAGUCGUAGCGAAGGCCCCAAACCUAAAGCGGCUGCAAAGGAGGCCCCGAAGGCCUUGCCGGCUUUGACGGGCCCCGAGGAGAAGCCUCGCACAACAACGUGGCGGCCGGAAGAUGCAACCGAAGAGCGCCUGCCCUUCGUCCUGGACAAGGUGGGCGAAGCACAGAGUCUCUACGAGACUCUCGGGGUCAGCCCUGAUGCCGACAAGGCUGCCAUUCGAGCUGCUUACCGGCAAGUAUCUCUGAGCAUCCACCCCGACAAGGUGCUCCAUUACGAUGACCCGGACCUGAAGGUGCAGGCCGAAAACGCUUUCAAAGUGGUGUCCGCUGCUUACGAGGUACUUGGAGACGAUAAGCUCAGGGCAGAGUAUGAUCGCAAACUUCGGUUGACGGGAUCGACUUUCCUGACCCGGUCUGGGGGACGGUCAAACCUGACGAGCAUCGCCUUCCUCAAAAAGUUUCUUAGCAAGGAAAAGGGCGGUUUUGGUUGGGACCUAACAUCAAAACCUCCUGGAGACUGGGAGGAGCAGGCACCAGGUGUUUAUGUUCGAAAGGCCAAGCAAAGUGAGCAGUCUACCCAAUCUUGA